AUGCAUGUGCCUACAGCUGUGAGCACACCCUCUGGGUGUGAGAAUUUCGAGCUGAGCAGCACAGAUUCACAGGAGCGCUGCAGAAGAGCAAGCAGCUUCAGAGGAGCGCUGCAGAAGAGCAAGCAGCUUCAGAGGAGCGCUGCAGAAGAGCAAGCAGCUUCAGAGGAGCGCUGCAGAAGAGCAAGCAGCUUCAGAGGAGCGCUGCAGAAGAGCAAGCAGCUUCAGAGGAGCGCUGCAGAAGAGCAAGCAGCUUCAGAGGAGCGCUGCAGAAGAGCAAGCAGCUUCAGAGGAGCGCUGCAGAAGAGCAAGCAGCUUCAGAGGAGCAAGCAGCUUCACAGGAGCGCUGCAGAAGAGCAAGCAGCUUCAGAGGAGCGCUGCAGAGCAGCAAACAGCUUCACAGGAGCGCUGCAGAGCAGCAGUUUCGAAGCUGUCCGGUUUUUAAAAGUCUGCCGGUUGGUUUGGCUCACUCGGCAGGACGAGGGCGGACGGGAGGUGAUCUCGUUCGAGUUCCAGAAGCUGCGGUACUGGUACGACGGGGAGGAGAGGAAGCGCUUCGUUCCCGUGGCUUUCCCCGUGGAGCAGCCGUUCGGCUUUUUCCACACCUGGAAGGGAUACCAGGAGGAAUCGGAGCUGCGGACUGCGGAGAAGAAAUACGGGAUGAACAAGGCAGAGAUGGUGGUGCCUGAAUUUCUCCAGCUGUUUAAGGAAAGGGCGACUGCACCAUUCUUUGUCUUUCAGGUGUUCUGCGUGGGGCUGUGGUGUCUGGAUGAGUACUGGUAUUACAGCAUCUUCACCCUCUUCAUGCUGGUGGCGUUCGAGGCCUCCCUGGUCCAGCAGCAGAAGAGGAACAUGUCAGAGAUCCGCAAGAUGGGCAACAAGCCCUACAUGAUCCAGGUCUACAGAAGCAGGAAGUGGAGACCCAUACAAAGCGAUGAGCUCAUUCCUGGGGAUCUCGUCUCCAUAGGCCGGUCCCCUCAGGAGCACCUGGUCCCCUGCGAUGUGCUCCUGCUCAGAGGGAGGUGCAUCGUGGACGAAGCCAUGCUGACAGGAGAGUCUGUGCCACAGAUGAAGGAGCCUGUGGAGGAGCUGGAUCCUGAGAGAGUCCUGGACCUGCAGAGUGACUCCCGACUGCACGUGAUCUCAGGGGGCACCAAGGUGGUGCAGCACACCCCCCCGCACAAAGCCAGCGCCGGGCUCAAACCGGUUGAUAAUGGGUGCGUGGCGUACGUGCUGAGGACUGGCUUUUACACCUCUCAGGGCAAGCUGCUGCGCACCAUCCUGUUCGGAGUGAAGAGAGUGACAGCGAACAAUCUGGAGACCUUCAUCUUCAUCCUGUUCCUCCUCAUCUUCGCCAUCGCCGCCGCUGGCUAUGUGUGGAUCGAAGGCACGAAGGAUCCGAGUCGGAAUCGAUACAAGCUGUUUCUGGAGUGCACCCUGAUCCUGACCUCCGUGGUUCCUCCCGAGCUGCCCAUCGAGCUGUCGCUGGCCGUCAACACCUCCCUCAUCGCCCUCGCCAAGCUCUAUGUGUACUGCACAGAGCCUUUCCGCAUCCCCUUCGCUGGUAAGGUGCAGAUUUGCUGCUUCGACAAGACGGGCACUCUGACCAGCGACAACCUGGUGGUGCAAGGAGUAGCUGGGCUCAAAGAUGGCAGGGAGGUGAUGCCGGUGUCGGAGAUUCCCGUAGAGACUCACAGAGUGGUGGCGACGUGCCACUCUCUCGUGCAGAUGGAUGAUGGGACGCUGGUGGGUGAUCCCCUAGAGAAAGCCAUGCUGACCGCAGUGGAUUGGACCCUGACUAAAGACGAGAAGGUGUUUCCGCACAGCAUCAAGACUCAGGGCUUGAAGAUUCACCAGCGCUUCCACUUCGCCAGCGCUCUCAAGAGAAUGUCCGUUCUGGCUUCCUACGAGAAGAUGGGCUCCAGUGACCUCACUUACAUCUCCACAGUCAAGGGAGCGCCGGAGACGCUGCACUGCAUGUUCUCCGAGUGCCCUGAUAACUACGAUGCGGUUCACACUGAGAUAUCCAGGGAAGGGGCCCGUGUGCUGGCACUGGGGUACAAGGAGAUCGGACACCUCACCCACCAGCAGGUUCGAGAGCUCUCACGUGACGCUCUGGAGUGCAGUCUGAAGUUCGCAGGGUUCAUCGUGGUGUCCUGCCCCCUCAAGACCGACUCCAAAGCCGUGAUCAAAGAGAUACAAAACGCCUCGCACCACGUGGUGAUGAUCACAGGAGAUAACCCGCUGACAGCCUGCCACGUGGCGAGGGAGCUGCACUUCAUUCAGAAGCCCCACACCCUCAUCCUGCAGGCCCCGCCCACUCACGGUGUCGAUUGGCAGUGGCAGUCCAUCGACGGCUCUGUGAAGCUGCCCCUGGUCCCUCGCUCUGUGAAGGAGCUGGUCAGGGAGUUUGACCUGUGUGUCACAGGGGAGGGGCUGUCCUGCUUACAGGUGCAAAACUCGGGGCUGCUUUUGAAGCUCAUCCCCAACAUUCAGGUGUUCGCCAGGGUCUCCCCCAAGCAGAAGGAGUUUGUGAUCACUAGCUUGAAGAGCCUGGGGUUCAUUACCCUGAUGUGCGGAGAUGGUACGAAUGACGUGGGAGCCUUGAAACACGCGCACAUAGGGGUGGCCCUCUUAGCCAAUGCCCCAGAGCGAAUUCCUGAGAGGAAGAGGAAGUCCAGGGAGACUCAGAACGAUACCAAGCCCUCCUUCCCCUCGCUGCCCAGCGGCAACGUCAAGCUGUCCUCACGAGCUGCUAAACAGAGAACCAUGUCACAGCGCGAGGAGCAGCUGGCGAUGCAGAGGGAGCGAAUCAGCCAGGUACUAAAGGAACUGGAAGAGGACCAGAUCCAGGUGGUUAAACUGGGAGACGCCUCCAUCGCUGCUCCUUUCACCUCCAAACUGUCCUCCAUACAGUGCAUCUGCCACGUGAUUAAGCAGGGCCGCUGCACGCUGGUCACGACUCUGCAGAUGUUUAAGAUCCUGGCCCUGAACGCUCUGAUCCUGGCGUACAGUCAGAGCGUCCUGUACCUGGAGGGGGUGAAGUUCAGCGACUUCCAGGCCACCCUGCAGGGGCUGCUACUGGCGGGCUGCUUCCUCUUCAUCUCCAGAUCCAAGCCCCUGAAGACCCUCUCGAAAGAGCGCCCCCUGCCGAACAUCUUCAACCUCUACACAGUUCUGACGGUGCUACUGCAGUUCCUGGUUCACUUCUGCAGCCUGGUUUACCUGUACAGAGGGGCUCAACUCCGCAGCAGCCCCAGGGAGGAUCAGUUUGUGGAUCUCUACAAGGAGUUUGAGCCCAGCCUGAUCAACAGCACGGUCUACAUCAUGUCCAUGGCCAUGCAGAUGGCAACCUUCGCCAUUAACUACAAGGGUCACCCCUUUAUGGAGAGUCUUCAGGAGAACAAGCCCCUGCUCUGGAGCAUCGCUCUGUCAGGUCUGGCCAUCGUGGGGCUGCUGUCAGGGUCCUCUCCCGAAUUCAACGAGCACUUCUCUCUGGUUGACAUUCCCUUUGAGUUCAAACUGGUGAUCGCUCAGGUGCUGGCAGUGGAUUUUUUCGCGGCUCUGCUGGUGGACAGACUGCUGCAAUGUGUACUUGGCAGAGUGAGUCUCAAGAUGCCUUCAUGAGGACAAGCCAGCACAGUGUGGAUGCUGCUCCCAAGCGAGUGGAGUGGAGUGGGGUUAAGCUAAAUCUGAGAGAGCGAGAGAGAGGGACGACCCGCUACCCACUCCUCUACACCCCCCAGGACAAACCACCUGACCGCCCCACCCCCUCCCUCAUCUCGCCAGCCUGUGACGAUCUGUUUACAUCUCAGAAGUAAAACAAAAACUUACGACAACCGUUUAAAAAUGUUUUAUAAGAAAUAAUUAAACGAAAGGCGGUCCGAGAAUUGUUCGGCUGAGCCGCAACACGAAAGAUUUUUGCUAUAAUUUAUCUAUUUAAAAAAGUCGCUGCUGUUUUGCUUUUCAGGCAGCAGCAGGUGGCGGUGUUGCUAUUGGUUUCCUUUCUUUUUUUUCUUUCCCCCGUUUGUUAUGCUGGCUGUUUGUUUUUUUUUUCUUGGGAACGGUGCUGUCUGA